CCGACCGACCAUCCUCGGCGAUUCUUGGCCAAACUUCAGGGGAUCUAAAGCUGACUAACUGAGCCAGCAUCAAUUGUUGAUGGCGAAUAAGCAUUCAAUCUUCAAGAAUGAAACGGCUUUCUUUUCCCGCAAUCGGAUCACUCAUUCGGCUCGGCAUCCUAGUGGCAGGAAUCUCACUGACUUUACAAGCUCUGGGAUCCCCGAGCAAGCGUCCAAUCUCAUUCGUCGCAGGGGCUUCCCGUCCUCUUAAAAUCACUUGUCUUACCAUCGGCUCCAGAGGAGACGUCCAGCCUUUCAUUGCGCUCGGCCUCGGACUCCAGCAAGAUGGUCACAUUGUCACUAUUGCAACUCAUCUCGAGUUUAAAGACUUGAUUGAAGACUCUGGAAUCGGUUUCAGAAACAUUGGCGGUAACCCUCAAGAACUCAUUAAGCACUGCGUCGAGUAUGGCUUUUUUUCGCCGGAAUUCUACAUCGAAGGUUAUACCAAGUUUCGAGAGUGGGUGGAUGAGCUGCUGAUUACUGUGCCAGCAGCUUGUCAAGGGACCGAUGUCUUGAUUGAAAGUCCUACGGCCAUGAUGGGCAUUCACGUCGCUGAGAGUAUGAAGAUCCCAUACUUCAGAGCGUUUACAAUGCCGUGGACACCGACGACAGAGUAUCCGCAUCCCUUCGCCGUCACUUCUCAACAAUUGGGAAAAUAUUACAAUCGAAUGUCUUAUACGAUGUUUAACUAUCUCAUUUGGAAGGGAAUCGAAUCGAAAGUAAACAAAUGGAGAGAAAAAAAGCUAAAGCUCAAACCUACAUCAUUCGCAAAGCUCCGGACAGCAGAUAUACCCUACUUGUAUAACUUUAGUGAACAUAUCGUCCCAAAGCCCCAUGAUUGGAGCGACAAGACGCAUAUCACCGGAUACUGGUUUCGCGACCAACAGAAAAAGAGUGAUCAAAAGAAAAUCGAAGAAUCCAUCCCCCUGGACCUCCGCUCCUUCCUGCAAAAAGCCAAGGAUAACGGCAAGAAAGUGAUUUAUAUUGGCUUCGGAUCAGUGAUUUUCCCUAACGCGGAAGAGGUCCAACGUAAACUUGAGAAGGCAGUCAGGAAGGCAGGAGUUUGGGCGGUCGUUUCUGGGGGUUGGUCUGACAUGAAGCCGCUCGAAAAGGAUUUGGAAUCGGUGGGCUCCUCUCGAUCUCAGGAUACGCCAAUACAUUAUGUUGGAGCCGUCCCCCAUGAAUGGCUGUUUUCUCAAGUAGACGCCACUUUGACUCACGGUGGAGCCGGCACUACUGCCGCUAGCUUGCGCGCUGGAAUACCGACACUGAUCAAACCCUUCUUUGGAGAUCAAUUCUUUUGGGCCAAACUUGUGAAGAAAAUGGGCGUCGGUGGCCAUGUCAAAAAGUUUAAGGUCUCUGAGCUUGCCCGAGCCUUUCGGAUCGCAACUACCAACCGGGAACAGAUUUGGAGAGCGAAAAAGAUUGGAGAGGCCAUCCGUAAGGAAAAUGGUGUAAGGACUGCAAUCCAGAAGAUGUACAAAGACAUGGAUUAUGCGAGAAGAUUGAUGAUGGUUGGGUUAGGCCAAGAUGACUAUGGCCCGAUCCCGAAAUUCCCGAGAGAGAAAGUGUACUCGUGGCUCAAACAAUUCCUGCAAGAUGAAAAAUCGAGCAUCCAUCUCCUCCUGUUGUGCAUCCUUCGAGCGCUUCAGUAUUAUUCCACUCAGCAACAGGCUUUGGGCUCCAAUCAUCAAAAUCUACAACCGCCCCUUCAAGCAACAUUGGCUUGGAAUCUCACUGCUUCAAUUGCUAAUCAGCCACCAUUAUCAACAUUAUUGACAACUUAACACACCUUCUCCUUAGAAUAAGCCUUGACAUUAAUUUGCCAGAAUUGUAUAUCUUGAACUUCAUUUUCUUCCUUUUAUUUUUUUCUGUGAAGCAGC